AUUUUUGCCACAUGAAGAAAGCCUAAUAAAUGAAGAAAGCCUCUUCUUCCUCCCUCGAACCGGACCUGCGGCUGAAGUUUGGGUUUUUAUUCUGUGACUUUUUGUAAGAUUGAUUCCUCACUUUCCUUUAACUUCUGCAAGGAUGCUUUUUCAGGCUUUUUAAUUUGCAACUCGUUUUUAUAUUAGAGGACGGAUUAAAUUAGAGCUAAAACUUCGAUUUAAUUGAAUUAAUUAGUAACGUUUUUCGCAUCGUCUGGGACUUUGGGGCGGAGGACGUGGGGGCUGUGGGUCCCGACAAGCGGCAGAAAGAUGGUGAGCUAUGCUGGGGACCGUCUGAGUCGCCUGGUCUGAGCCUGCAGCCCUAAAAACAAACGAUGGAUCUUUCUGGCAACUCGCUGCUCUGGAAGCUGCUCUCGGUGGCUGUCCUGGUCCUGGCCGCCGCCCUCCUCCUUGUGUUUGACCCGUGGGACUUCGGCUACCCGGAGCUGUGGAGAAAGACCGGGCUGGCCGGAGCUCCAGCGCGCGCUGCGGCAUGCCUCGUGGCCGGGGUGCUCCUCCUUGCGGCCGGCUGGCUGUACCGUCUGUUCUUCGCCCCGCUGGAGCUGCUGCGGAGCCCGGAGGACGUGGGCUACGUGGCCGAGGACGGUCGCUCCAGAGCCCGGGCGGCCAACGAGGUGAGGCGGCGACGGAAGACCGGAGAGCUUCCUCCGGUCUACCCCAACGGAUGGUACCGGGUUUUGGACUCCCACAUGCUGGAGAGAGGCGACGUGAGGAGCGUCACAGUGCUAGGUGAGCAGGUGGCUGUGUUCCGUGGCCAGGAUGGUAGGGCGUAUGUGGUGGAUGCCUACUGCCCCCACCUGGGAGCCAAUCUGGCUGUUGGGGGCAGAGUGGUGGGCAGCUGUAUCGAAUGCCCCUUCCAUGGGUGGCAGUUCCGUGGAGAGGAUGGGAAGUGUGUCAGGAUUCCGUACGCUGAGAAAGUUCCUGAGUUUGCUAAGGUGCGCUGCUGGCCAAGCUGUGAGGUUAACGGUCAGGUUCUGGUGUGGUUCCACUGUGAUGGAGAGCAGCCGGGCUGGAGAGUUCCAGAGCAGAGAGAGAUCAGCCGGGGAGAGUGGGUUUACCGCGGACGAACAGAGCACUUCAUCAACGCACACAUAGAGGAAAUCCCUGAAAACGCGGCAGACAUCGCUCACCUGGCCCAUCUCCACACUCCAGGCAUUGUGAGUGGAGUGGAUCUGCGCUACACCAACAGUAAAACCUGGGAGUUUAUUCGCCACGACUGGAAGGUGGAGUGGAAUCCAGAGCCUGAGCCUAAUAAGCACUGUUCCCAGAUGCUGGUGAAGCACGCUCUGACGGUGUUCGGACGUCACUGGCCUCUUUUGGACCUGAGCGUGGUGGCCAGACAGGUGGGUCCGGGUUUGGUGUUCCUGCUGUUUGACCACAGUUUCCUGGGCCGGGGGAUGAUCAUGCACUGCGUGACUCCAGUGGAGCCUCUGCUGCAGUGUGUCUCACACACCAUCUUCUACCAGAGCAGCAUCCCGCCACUGGUUCCAAAGUUUAUACUGCGAGCGGAGUGCAUCCAGUUUGAGCGGGACGUGAUGAUUUGGAACAAUAAGAAGUACAUCUCCAACCCCAUGCUGGUGAAGGAGGACUCGGCCAUCCAAAAGCACCGGCGCUGGUUCAGUCAGUUUUACAGUGAGAACAGCCCCCGCCUGCGUUACCAACAUGACACGCUGGACUUCUGACCACGCACGACCCUGAUGCAAGCUGUUUUCAAUUCAGUCGGACACUAAGGACUGGAUACUUGGCUAUUGGCGUGAUCACAACUACUUGACUGGUUUGGAGAAAAGCAUCUUUCCCCAGUCUUGACACCUGAGAGGGUUAUAGACAUUUGUUCUGAGGAAAAUGAGUAUGUAUAACAUAAAAUAUUCAAACGUUCUAUAUUAGCAUUUAAAACUCCACCGAAGUGAACACAGAGGAUGGUAGGAAGUUAUUCCUCUCUGUCGUGAGGACCCAUCUGUCCUUGUUGAAGUGCCUCUGAAGAUGAUGAAUCAUUGAGUGGGAACUUUUCUCCCUGAGAGAAGCUACCGUAGCUUGACUUUAGAUUGUUCUGCAGUCGGGGGAAAUCAACACCUCACUGACUGAAGAGCUCUUCCAGCUAAGGCAGGCAAUAACAGCCGACAAGCCAGUAGGUGAAUUGAAGACACAAGACUCAGCCACGUGUACACUGUGAAUUAAGCCAUGCAAAGACAUCAUCCUAAUAUAUUACUACAGUGGAGUCUGAAAGUACUUGGACAUUGGUGUAGCUCUUUGUGUUUUGCUCUGUACUACAGAACAGCAGAUUUGAGCAAUGGGGCAGUCAAUGAAGUUGAAGUGUAGCCCUUUUCAUUCAUAGUCACCCAUCUCAUGGCACCUAAACUAAUCAGACAACUUAAGCUUAAAAGAGCACUCUGGCCUAAAACUAGCAUUUAAUAUGCGGUCUUCGUAGGUGAUAUUCUAUAGUAGGGGUAUUUUAUUAAAAUUCAAUAGGGUCCAGUUAGAGAGAAUUUAUUCAAGCGAAGGUCCAGAACAUCAUAAUGUCUAACUGGUAUCAUGACUCGGUGCCAUUUACCGUUUACUGAAGUAGCCGAGUAGGAAAAUCAACAUCUUAUAUAGUCAACAACUGAAUAUCAGAUCAAAGUCCAGUAAAGUCAGAUUUCAGCAACAUUUACUGUCCGUUUUCUCUUUUUGAUCACGUCAUGUGAAAUAACUUCCCUCUGACUCACUGUGUGUCACUCACUCGAGUCUCGGUCCUCAUCGUAAUGCAUUGAUCUGAUAGAUUGAUCUGACACUGUAGACUGGGGUUCAAUCCCCAUCUGGGCAAACACCCUACACUAUACCAAUAAGAGUCCUUGGGCAAGACUCCUAACACCACCUUGGCUUGCCUGUGUAAAAUGAUCAAACUGUAAGUCGCUCUGGAUAAGAGUGUCAGCCAAAUGCCGUAAAAGUAAAUGUAAAUAAUGCAUGUGAUUGGUCUAUGAGUUUCUUGGGCACCUUAAAGGCUAGAAAAGUUACGCCAAUUAAAAUAGGACCACCCUGUUGAAAUUAAAUCUCCAUAGUUUAUCAGGAAUAGGUCCAGGACUGCAUAGGACAGCGUCUGGGUUCGGACUAGCAUAGCAUUGCAUCCCUCCGCCUCAUCACUUUCUCAGAGCACACGGUUUGAGUCCUUUUUGUGUUUUCAUUCAUCGUUGUUCUCUCAGUACAUUACCCAGCAUGCAUUGCACAGAUUCGUCAUACAGUCAUUGAGAGUGCAUCAUGAGCAGUUCCUUUUUUCCUCUUUGCAUCUUCGUGAGGCAGGGUUUCAUUCAUCUCAUGUCCACCAAACUUCCAGAAUGGACCUUUUUAUGCACUUUUAAGCACUCUGUAAAGGGAACCUGAUGCCAGAUAUGUACCUAAAGUGGCCUAUUUUUCUUUUCAUGCUUUCUGUCAUGGGGCAUCACAGUCAGUCUUUCAAACCGGACUUUAUGCAUUCACAUGCACAGCAAUGGUCAGUCUUGUAGAAGCCAGGACACUACUGGGGAUUAGGAUGUGCUGCUCUAAGUUCAGCAUGAAAGAUGUCUUGGUGCAGGACCUGCAGUGGAGUCAUUAGUCAAAGGAAGCUGGAGCAGAGAAGCGUGAGAUGACUGCCAGUGGCAUCCCAUAUUACAGAGGUAAUAUUUUACCGGUGGCAGCAUGCUCCUCAGACAGAACUUUUACUAGCUACAGACUGCAGUUCUAUGACAGUAAGCAUUUUCAGGCCUUUUUAAAGGGGUGCUACAGUACAGCACGGACAUGUUCAAAGUGAAUAAAUUCUCUGUAUUAUUGAUGGAACCACUGUUAAGUUGAUAUUUCCAUUUUAAUCUAUUUUGAAUGAGCUGAGUCACUCCAUUAUGGGACUGUCGAGUACACACUAAAAGCUUUCAUACUUGAUAACUAUUAUCGCAGAGCUCAAAGCCCAUUUUAGUCUUGGGGCAGGCCUGUUUGUCCUUGUGUGCUGCUACCGUCUACCUGAUAUGUUCAUUUGCAGUGCAGAUAAGCAUGCCCUCCCUCUCAGUAUACACUGAGAGGUGAUUCAGAUGAAGUAAUUCAGCCAGUCAUUACAUACGCCUGCAUCCCUUCUUACAUCUUGGGAAGGUCUAGUUUCUUAAUGCAAUUCAGAUUCCAAGACACAUACCAGUUUUUUGGUUAUAAGCUAAAGCUUUGCCGACGGAUAGUUUUCAAUAAUGAAACACUGUAUUUGUGAUAUUUUUGGCAGUUGAAGGAGAUUCCUGUAUAAUUCAAUAAUUGAAGUGUAAAAGUCAUUCAGUGGUUUGAUGUAAAGUGAUUCAUUAGCCACAUUUACAUGCAGCCUGAUAAUCCAUUAAUAAUCCAACUAUAAACUCAAUCAGAAUGCAAUACGUCCAUGUAAACACCUCAGUCAGCCUAGACUAGUCCGAUUGAGGCCAUUCAGAAUACAAUCUCUAUCCGAUUGAACGAGCUGGGUAAUUCUGUAAAUAAUCUGCUAAAUAGAAGAAUAAUAACCAUGUUAAACGCCUGUAUCCGAUUACAUUCCCUAUCGGAAAGUUUAAGAACACGACGUAUUCCUCUUGCCCUUCUUUAAUAAGGACAUGUGAAGGACGUUUUCCUGAGUCUGACAUCAUUUUAAAGAAAUUAAAAACACAAGCACUGCUCACUGCUGCUCAUCUCACUCUGACUGGACUCGCCUGAUGCUGGUCGUCAUGGUAACGUCUACUAAGCUGUAUUUAUAAUUUUCAAUCAGAUUACUUGUGGUGGGCAUGUAAACAGAUUUUCCAUCAGAGUGUUGAGUAGAAUGAGCAUAAACGCCUCAGUCUCAAUCUGGCAAAAAUCUUUGCAUGUAAUUGUAGCCAGUGUAGAGAAACGUACUGAUUUAGAUUUCUACACAGUGGUGAUAGGAACCAGGUUAUCUGUCUCAUGUAUGCACUUAUCUUCUGAGUUUGAUACAUAAAGCUUAUAAUUAGACCUGGGCCCAAUGGUGGCUACCCAAGUUACUAUGGUAACACCCCCAGUGAUCGUAAAACUACCACCAGUCUUUUGCUUAUUGAUUUAUUUCAUGCAAACCAUAGAAAGAUGAUUGUUCUCAUGUUAACAUAACUUUGAAUUUAUAUCGUUGAAUUUGAAUUUAUAUCGUAUUUAUACCACAUUUAUUGUAACUAAAAUAGAGGACAUUGUUAUAAUCAGGGCUGUUGAGCUGGUCUGGUUGAACAUUAGCAAUUCCAUUCUUUAUUACUACAUUAACCACAAUUUUGUGGCCCAAAUAUUAAUGACCGUAUACUACAGUCAAGUUUGGCUGAGCUGCAAUUGUUAUUAUUUUACAAAGAUUAAGCUUCAUUGCUUGCUAUUUGACUGCUUGCUAAAAGUUUCUUUUAAGGUUGACUUUGUCCUCCAACUCCUUUCAUGAACCUUUUUCGCCAUGAAUAUGUUAAAAAAUAUGUUUCAGGCCAAAAUUUAUCUCAAAACUAUUCUAAAACAGCAUCUCGGGCAUUAGGCAUCAUACUCAUGACCAUUUUCUGCAAUAGCUUCCUGUGAGGGAGCUUUUUAGAGGCAUUAAGCACCUGGAGACAUCUGGGUCCUGGCACCACCACUGUGGUUCUGACUCUCUAAAAUGGAGCAUUUUACAUCAAAACACCCCGGAUGACUUUGUUUACAUCUUAUUGUUGUUAUUCUUAAUUAAAUGCAAAUUUAGAUAAAAUAGUAGAAUUUCCCAUUAAGGUGUUCCGCCGUAUGCAAAAGUUUGGGCGCCCUGGUCAAAUGAAGUGAAAAUAAAUGAAGACAUCCACAUCUUCAGAGAACACACGUCUGCACAUUUAAAUGCACAAUUACUGCUUAUUUGCUGAAUUUAAGAUAUAAAACAUUCAAAAAAGCAUAAAAAUAUGGCCUGUGCAAAAGUUAUGGCACUGUUUACGUUUGAUGUUUUUCUCCCCUAUAUCUUAAACUCAGCAGAUAUGUGUAAAAUUGAGGUUUGUUCGCUGUAGAGGACGUUUUAGCCUGUUUUCAGGUUUUUUUUUAGCUUUUGCAUACAUCUGGAUGUAACCCCAGAAGCAGAAGCCUUCACAGCUAGGAUGUUGCAUUGCUGGUAUCAUAAGCCUUUUUGCGCUUUAGGCCCACAGAGCAAAAGUUUCACAUAUUUUUUGCGCACAGCGCAUGUACAUCGUCACGAAACACGCUAGCUUCCAUUAAGAAAAACAUUCUUUGCGGUGAGCUACACAUGCCAUUAUUCAUGUAUAAUUAAAAAGGCAGACGCAGCUGUUCCACAGAGCGAGCUUUCCUCCUGAAAGCUGUUUUUUUGUGGUUCUGCAUUUAAUUUCUUCCAUAUAUUUUCCAUUUUUCUUCCUGAAGCGUAUCGAAUUGAUUGCCUGGCUGAAAAUCAUCAUGAUCUACAAGAGCUAUUAAUAAGAAAUUAAUCGAAUGAAUCAUGCAUAACUAGUACAUAUUCCAUCAGCUGUGAAAGCCAUUAGGAUUACACGACGUGGAAUACGCAGGAUGCUCUCAGACAGUGAGCAGGUUACAGAACCCUCCUCAUACAGACCCACUCAGCAGUAAUACUUUCCAUGCAAUAACGCUGCAUUCACGCUCGGCCUGUCUGCAAAUGCUAAGUGGCAGUAAUUAAUCUGUUUGCCCAAGCCGGCGUGAUUGGUCCAUUGUGACGCACACCAUAUGCUGUAUCUGGUCCAGCUGAUACAUUUUGAACGUCAUCCAACUCGACAGAGAGAGAGAGCGAGCUGCAUGUUGGGUUAUUGCACCAAGCAUAUGUUGGCACGCAGAUGUUUCACCUUUGCUGAUGAUGGCCCUGUAAGGGCAGCGGGCUUUCGCUUUCUGCUGCGGUGUCUGGUAUAUUCUGUGUGCCUACGCUCAGAGACUGCACGCAUGACUGCGCUGGCUCUUUCUCAGUGCGCUGCGUCUGUGCAGCCAAACAGCAACACUGAGAGACCCAGAUGUGCACUGUGAUGGUUUCAGCUGCAAGUGGGACAGUAUUAUUACUGUGUUUGCACCUAGACCCAUUGUUUUGGUUAGCUUGUCACUGUUGUCAGAAGAAAGCCUCGCAUCUCCUUUUUUGACAUUUUUCAGUUUUUGACAUCAUUUGAGAAAACGCAUUACCCUUUACAUUGUUUGUAAAUUUCAGGAUGAAUGGACUAAAAGAAAU